ACAGGAUACACUUAGGGGAUAGUUUUAGGAAGUGCCGGCUGUUAUUGAGCGAUUGCAUUAAGAUAGUUACACCUGAACGAGCCAUAUUUGGGUUUAGUCAGACGGGUUAUUUAGCUUCUUCUCUAUAAUGGCGACCGCGGCUGCUACUCCGACCGGCCAGAGAAGCACGUGCGGCGGCGGCACUCCGCUGAGCCCGACCAGGAUCUCCAGACUGCAGGAGAAACAACAGCUCUGUGAACUCAACGACCGCCUGGCUGUUUACAUCGACAAAGUCCGUAGUCUGGAGUCUGAGAACGGCGUACUUCGGCUGCAAAUUGACGAGAAGGAAGAAGUGAGAAGCCGAGAGAUAACCGGACUGAAAAGCCUGUACGAGACCGAGCUCGCCGACGCUAGGAAGAGUUUGGAUGAGUCCUCAAAGGAGCGGGCCUGGCUACAGAUUGAGCUGGGGAAGAUCAAAUCCGAGCAUGAGCAACUGCUACAGAAUUAUGCCAAGAAGGACUCUGAGGCAGGAGGAGCUCAGGCCAGGCUGAAGGACUUGGAGGCUCAUCUGAACUCCAAAGACGCCAUGCUGGCUACAGCGCUGUCUGAGAAGAAAGGCCUAGAGGAAACCCUGGCUGACCUGCAGGAACAGCUGCAGGAGCUGGAUACAAGUCUCACUCAGGCUAAGAAACAACUGGCAGAAGAGAUGCUCCUGCGUGUCGACUUGGAAAACCGCUGCCAGAGUCUGACUGAGGACAUGGAGUUCCGUAAGAGCAUGCACAAAGAGGAAGUGAAGGAGGCUCGGCACCGGUAUGAAAGCCGCCUGGUGGAGGUGGACUCUGGACGGAAGGAGGAGUAUGAAUAUAAACUGACUCAGGCUCUGACUGAUAUGAGGUCUCAGAACGAGGAGCAGAUCAAGAUCUACAAGGACAACAUGGAGAGCACCUACGUGACCAAACUGGAGGACCUGCGUCGCUUCUCUGAGAUGAACGGAGCAUCAGCCAACAUGGCCCGAGAGGAGCUGAGGGAGUCCUCCCUGAGGAUUGAGAGCCUCACAGCCCAGCUGUCAGGACUGCAGAAGGAGACUCGUGGUUGGCGGGAUCGUAUAACAGAGUUGGAGACAGCGCUGACUCAAGAGAAAGACAUGAGUCGCAAGAUCCUGGCAGAAAAAGACCUCGAGGUGGCUGAGAUCCGGGCCAAGAUGCAGCAACAGCUGAAUGAAUACGAACAGCUGCUGGAUGUGAAACUGGCUCUGGACAUGGAGAUCAACGCCUACCGCAAACUCCUGGAGGGAGAAGAAGAGAGAUUGAAGCUGUCUCCCAGCCCUUCAACUCGCGUCACAGUGUCUCGAGCCUCAUCCAGCAGCCGCAGCGUUCGCACCACGCAGGGAAAGAGGAAGCGCGUGGAUGUGGAGGAGCAGGAAGCCAGCAGCUCAGUGUCCAUCGCUCAUUCUGCCUCAGCCACGGGACCCGUCUGCAUCGAGGAGAUCGACACCGACGGCAAAUUCAUCAGCGUCCACAACAGUGGUGAAGAGGACCAGGCCAUGGUGGGUUAUGAAAUGAUUAAGACUAUUGGAAAUGUGACCGCCACCUACAAGUUCACUCCCAAAUAUGUCCUGAAGGCCGGCCAGAAAGUCAUGGUUUGGGCAUCUGAUGCUGGUGUGAGCUCCAAACCUCCCACAGACCUAGUGUGGAAGAACCAGUCCUCCUGGGGGUCAGGGGAGGAUGUCCAUGUGGUACUGAUCAACCCUCAGGGAGAGGAGGUGGCAAUGAGAACCACUACAUACAAGACAGGAGUAGAAGAAGAGCAGGAUGAAGAAGAAGAAGAUGAUGAUGAUAAUGGAAUGGAGGCCAUCGAAGAAGACCUCUUCCACCAGCAGGGUGACCCCCGCACUGCCAAAAGAGGCUGCUCUAUCAUGUGAUCCCACAGCACCAACCAGCCACCUCCUCCUCUGAGCCCAGCCAGUCUGCUGCCAACUGUAAUACUAGAACUAUUUUUCUAUCUUUUGUAGUGUAUCUCAAUAAAAUGUAUGAAUUUUAUUUGAUGUUUUCAUAAAAAUGGAAAACUGCUUUUGGUAGAUGUAUUUUCAUCUGAAAAACCAAAACAACAUGGUCAUUGAAUAACAUUGUUUCUUUACAACUUUUUUUUUUCCUUUUUUCAAACCAUGCAACAAGUAGUUAAACUCAAAGACGGGCUGUGUCUUUAAGAAAAUGAGUGGUGUUCUGUAAUUUUAAAAUAAUAGAUUUUAAUUUUUGUUAUUUUAUUUUAUAUUUGAUCUUAUUAUGAUUAUUAUUGAUGCUAUAUUUUAGGCCUUUAUAUGACAAGGAAAGCUACAAGAUGCCAGUCAUUAGUUUAGGCCAUGGGCUGGUUUUUCACUUUUCUAAAGACGUACUGUAUGAUUAAGAAAUUGUGGGAAAAAAUGAACACUAAAAGCUCAUGAUGAUGAAUGAGUUCACGUGAUAAAUGACUGCCUCCCAUUAGUGUGGACCUCAAGUGGAUGAAAGUCUGAAGUAUUCAAUAUGGAAUCAUCUGUUCAAGGGGUGUAACUGUACACAAAAUUCAGUUGUGCUGCAGUGGAAAAGAAAAACAACCUUUCUGUUUGUUGCAAAGAAUUAAGAAACCUGCUGACAGCUGUUUGAUGCUGAUUCAGUAUGAAUAAUCUGAUGUCAUACAUAAUAAUAAUAAUAAUAAUAAUAAUAGUAAUAAUAUCAGUCAGAGGGACCAAACCACUACUUUUACUGUAAUACUUUAACUAAAUUUUUCUCUCAGAACUAGUUCUUAUGCUCUGACCAUGUUUUUAUCUUUGUUGUGACCAGCUUCACUUUUAAGCGAAGUGAAAUGCUGACUGUCACAUAGAGAUGCGAUAUUGCUUCACUACAUAGAUAAUGGAGCAUAUUCUAAUAAAAGUGUAGCGCCUGGUCAGCGCCAGGGUCUCUCAUUUGUCAUUGUGAUGACAGCAACACUUAAAGGUUACCAUGCUAACCAGGCUACGUUGGCUAACAUAGACCCCUGAUCAUACUCAUGGAGUGUAUUUGUAUGACUGCAUGCACUGAACCAUGACGUCUGUAAUGUGACAGUUCAGGAUGAAUACAUGUACUGUUACACCCCUUAUCUGUUCAGUGCCAUCCUUGUAAUAACUUUAGAAAAAACUUCAGUACCAUGAUUGUAUUUAUAAGAAGUCAGAAGACAGGUGUUGAGUUACCUAAAGGGUGCAAUGUGUAAGAAUUGGCCACAUGAUCCAAACAAAUAGGGGGCAGCUUAUCCCCCACCCUCCCCCUCCCCGUAAACACAUCACCCCACCAUCAUUAUCAGUCACUCAAUAUAGCAUCAUUUUUUUCUCUGUCUUUGUCAAUAUAUCAAAAUGCUACAGAGACAUUAGAGCUAGCAAUAAAUGACCAAAGAGAUGCACAAAUCAGUAAGUAAUAAUAACUAUUUAUAUAGCACUUUUUAAAAAAAGUGCUUUCCAUAAAAUCAGGUAAAACAGCAAAGUUGAUAGCUCUGAUAAAAGUAUAGGCAAUCAAGAUUUAUACAACAUCAAAUCAUAAAACAGCAAAAUCAACAAUAGUCAAAACACAAAAAGGAUGAGGAAUACAGUCAGUAUAACUGUAAUAGGGCCUUUUCAUAAGAGUUUUAGGAAGUGGUUUAAAAUGAUUCAUGCUAGUUUACAGCUAGCUGAGAUGACCAGCUGAUGUCUUACCCAGCCAGCUGCUCUGACAUCAUCAGUGCAACUUUCCAAAUGGGCAUUAUUUGGAUGAACUGAUCACUUAUUGUGAAUCUUCUUACUUUCUCACCUGAAAAAAUACUGAAACUUAGAGUGACAUUAGCAGUCCUACAGUGAAAAGUACAGCAGCUUUCAGCCAGGCUCACUAUUACUGCUUCCUCAUUUUAGACUGAGGGCAGAAAGGUGAUAGUGUUCAAUAUGGCCUCUCCACCUUGACCAUCCCGGCCGGGUGGGGCUAAGGCAUGUUCAUUAUAGUAGAUAUCUUUCACAUAAUAUAAAACU